CUGCUGAAAAGAUAUCUAUUCAGUCCCCUGUGUGUGCUCUUCAUUCUCUCUGAAUCUGUCGGUAAUGAAGACCUAUUUAAUGAUCAUUGCCAUCCUUCUGACCCUGGAUCUUAAGACUUCAGCUGGCUGGGGAGUCAAAAGAUGUUGGGAGAAUAACAUUGGACACUGCAGAAAACGGUGUUUUCAUGUUGAAAGGUAUAAGCUUCUUUGUAUGAACAAGCUGACAUGCUGCAUUCCCAUAAAAGACGAUCACGGAUUCACUAAAAUGCCGCCACGUCCUGGGCCCUUUGAAGAGAUAACUGUUGAUGUGAAUGAUAGGGAUUUAUUUUCUAAUUCCCCUGUAACUUGGUUUAAUGAUGAGGUAACCAUGAGCCCAUCUGGAGGCCUAACAGAAGUUUCUUCCAGAGUUUCAACAUAUUCUCCUGAGACCACUGAUAGUACAACUAACUAACAUUUCUUGUGGGUGUGGGACACAAGAAAGAAGCAGUGGGAACAAUAUGCAGGGAUCCAAUUCUGUUGAUGUUAUUUCCCAAGAAACAAUUCUAUUGGGGGUUGGAUGGCAUGCAGAUGGACAUAAAGCUACAGCCAAGAGAAGCACCAAGAGAGUUACCCUACGUUUGGAAAUGUGUAAAGGGAAGUGCAUAGAAGACACAGGGGUUCUGUAUAUUGGGCUGAAAGUCUUUAUCUGUCUUCCUCUGAUGUAUUAAAAUUUAUUGGUCUCAGUGAA